GAGACUUCCGGUGGCAAAUAAUCCGUCUGCAUUCCCAUUCCUAUCCGCCGCAGUUAACCCACCUUCUUUUAUCCUUCUCUGCCUCCAAACCCUAGAAUUCGAAACCCCAUCAAUCCAUAACAAAAUUCUCAACCAAAGAUGGUGUUGGCAGAGUUAGGGGGGAGCAUUUCACGUGCUCUCCAGCAGAUGAGCAAUGCCACAAUCAUCGACGAGAAGGUUCUCAACGAUUGCUUGAAUGAGAUUACUCGCGCUCUUCUCCAGUCCGAUGUUCAGUUCAAGCUUGUUCGUGAUAUGCAGACCAAUAUUAAGAAGAUCGUCAAUCUCGAUGAUCUUGCGGCAGGCCAUAACAAGCGAAAAAUCAUUCAACAGGCCAUAUUUAAUGAGCUCUGCAAGAUGUUGGAUCCUGGGAAGCCUUCUUUUGCCCCCAAGAAAGGCAAAACAAGCAUCGUCAUGUUUGUGGGUCUACAAGGUUCUGGAAAAACUACAACGUGUACAAAAUAUGCCUAUUAUCACCAGAAGAAGGGCUGGAAACCAGCUUUGGUAUGUGCAGAUACAUUCAGAGCUGGUGCUUUUGAUCAGUUGAAGCAGAAUGCAACAAAAGCUAAAAUUCCUUUUUAUGGAAGCUAUAUGGAGUCAGACCCUGUGAAAAUUGCUGUGGAAGGUGUGGAGAGAUUCAAGGAGGAAAAUUGUGAUCUCAUUAUCGUCGAUACUAGUGGUCGACACAAGCAGGAAGCGGCUCUCUUUGAAGAGAUGCGUCAAGUUUCUGAAGCAACGAAACCGGAUCUUGUUAUCUUUGUCAUGGAUAGCAGUAUUGGUCAAGCUGCAUUUGAUCAAGCUCAAGCAUUUAAGCAAAGUGUUGCUGUUGGAGCUGUAAUUGUUACUAAAAUGGAUGGUCAUGCAAAGGGAGGUGGAGCUCUUAGUGCAGUUGCAGCAACAAAAAGUCCAGUCAUUUUUAUCGGUACCGGAGAACAUAUGGAUGAAUUUGAAGUUUUUGAUGUUAAACCGUUUGUGAGCCGUCUUUUAGGCAUGGGUGACUGGUCUGGAUUCAUGGACAAGAUUCAUGAAGUCGUUCCUAUGGAUCAACAGCCCGAGCUUCUGCAAAAGCUCUCGGAGGGAAAUUUCACCUUGAGGAUUAUGUAUGAGCAAUUUCAUAAUAUACUCAAAAUGGGUCCUAUCAGCCAGGUCUUUUCAAUGCUUCCAGGAUUUAGUUCUGAGCUAAUGCCAAAGGGCCAAGAAAAGGAAAGUCAAGCAAAGAUCAAAAGGUACAUGACGAUGAUGGACUCAAUGACUAAUGAAGAGUUGGAUAGCACAAACCCAAAGAUAAUGAACGACUCCAGAGUCAUGCGGAUAGCAAGAGGAUCCGGCCGUCAAGUGAGGGAAGUGGUGGAAAUGCUCGAAGAGUAUAAACGGCUGGCGAAAAUUUGGAGCAAGAUGAAAGGGCUUAAAAUACCCAAAAAGGGAGAAAUGAGUGCUUUGUCUAGAAACAUGAAUGCACAGCACAUGAGUAAAGUUCUUCCUCCACAGAUGCUGAAGCAAAUUGGUGGCAUGGGUGGUUUACAAAAUUUGAUGAAGCAAAUGGGUUCAAACAAAGAUAUGAUGAAUAUGUUUGGAGGUGCAGAUAAGUAGAUCAACUUCCUCUUCUGUACCUCAUCAAUUGGUUAGAGCUUUUUCUCUAUCUUCAUGUUAUACCCAUUGUAAGUACCAUAAAUGUGUUUAUGAAGAUAUACAUGGUUUUUUUGACCA